UUUUUCUACCAACUAUAAACAAUCCGGAUAUUUCUAAAAAGAAUUUAGCUAGCUGAGUAACAACUGAUCUGACGGAAUCUGAGCUAGCUAAAUUAGUAUUUAGCAGCUAUUGCGUUGUACAGCUUGCCACAGUUGCAACUGUAUAGUUAGCUAAGCUACAGUUGUUUCCAUCCGCUAGUUAGCCACCUAAUUAACGACCUGUGUCUGUUUAGGUAUUGAAUAGCUCUUUCUUUUGUCGUGAUUCAAACUUUCCCACAUAUUAUAUUUCUCUAGCUCGGCUAUUUGACAGCCUACCUAGUUAGCCACACAUCUUAUCGUUGCAACACCGAAAAUGGACGGCGGAGUGACAGUCAUCACCAAUCCCAUGGUGUCGGUGCGACUGACCAGUACACUGAGCUCCUUCGAGGUUGUCCGCCGGUUCAACAGGGGAAUCACCAUCGCUGACCUGAAGAAUAAGCUGGAGCUAGUGAUCGGUACUCCGGCCACAUGCAUGGACAUGCAGCUCUUCAGCGUCUCUGACAAGUUCCUCCAGAACCUGGAGGACAAUGAAGCCUUACUGGGCUCCUACCCUGUGGAUGACGACUGCAGGAUCCAUGUGAUUGACCGCAGCGGGGCACAGACCGGGGCAUUCACCAAUCUCUCCGACGUGGAGAAAUAUGAGAUUUCAGAUGAUGCCUAUGAAAAGAGGCCAGACUCCGUCCGCGCCUUCAUGAAGAAGCAGAAGGUGGGCCGCUUCAAUGAAGAGGAAAUGGCACGGCGUGAGGCCGAGCAAGCGCAGCGCGAGGCCGAGGAGAACGCCGCCGCAGCCGCCAUCACCGUUGGCAGCCGUUGCAAGGUCCACGUCCCGGGACAGCCCACCAAGCUGGGCACUGUGAUGUAUGUUGGUACCACAGAAUUUAAGCCAGGGUCCUGGGUUGGGGUCAAGUACGACGAGCCGCUGGGCAGACAUGACGGCAGUGUCAUUGGCAAGCGCUACUUUGAGUGCCAGCCCAAGUACGGGGCCUUCGUGAAGCCACUGUCAGUGACAGUGGGGGACUUCCCUGAGGAAGACUUCGGUCUGGACGAGAUGUAGGACGUGCAGCAGUGAUGACCAAACAGAGGGGGUUGAACAGGGGACUCCUCCAAAUCAGAGAUUUUGUUUCUGUGUGGUCAAAUCACAGACCUGAGGCUGAGGGUGUUUUGUUUGACCUGUUACUGUUGCCAUUUGAUUUGUUUAGUAAUGGAGAGAUUUUGGUUGUGUUCUCUCAAAGUAAGCACAUUGACAUUGACGGGGCCGACAGGUGGGUUGGUUGGAGUGUGAAAUGAUUGAAAGGCCAAAGCGUUGUUUUGCACUAUAGUGUUCAUGUGUUGUUUUUGAUUGGCUGUAUAGGCCUCAGGUUUGAUUUGAUCUCAAUCUCAGAGUGACGGGCUGAGAUUGCAAUCAGUUACAGGCUGGUAGCGAUGACAGGUUGCACAGUGGGUUAGGAGCAAAGAUCUGUAGACUAAUGGAUGACAUGGUAUUGGUACCAUAGACGUAAACUGUGAUUGAU